AUGACUGAAGUCGUUGAAGGUAUUCAAAAGAAGCGAAAGCUUCAGGACGGCCCCGAACUCGAGAUUGAUAUUGCUGCCCCCGAACCACAAUCCAAGAAAGCUCUACGCAAAGCGAAAAAAACCAAGACUGAGGCUCCUGCUGCUGAUUUUGAAGAGGCACCGACUCCAAAGGCCAAAUCUAAGGACAUUUCCGAAAAAGACAAGCGCUCCAACUACGGAAUCUGGAUCGGCAACUUGGCUUUCUCCACAACCAAGGACGAUCUACGCCGAUUUUUUACCAAUGAUGGCUCUAUUGCCGAUGACACUAUCACUCGCAUCAAUCUCCCCAAGGGCGGAGAGCGAUUUGGAAAGAUCCAGAACAAAGGUUUCGCCUACGUGGAUUUCACUACCGACAAGGCCCUGCAAGAAGCAUUAGGCUUCAGUGAGCAACUCCUCACUGGUCGCCGGGUAUUAAUCAAGAAUGCAAACAGCUACGCCGGUCGACCUGAGAAAACUCAAGAACAGCUGAAUGCAAGCGCCGCCGCUGCUAAUUCCGGCAAUCCUCCUUCCCGUCGUAUCUUCGUCGGUAAUCUGGGAUUCGAUGUCACCAAAGAAGCCAUUGAAGAGAAUUUCGGCAAAUGCGGUGCGAUAACAAACGUGCAUAUGGCAACUUUCCAGGAUACAGGAAAAUGUAAGGGAUAUGGAUGGGUGGAGUUUGAGGACAUUGCUUCUGCGGAAGCAGCGGUGAGAGGCUAUGUGAUGGUUGCCGAAGACGAGGAAGAGGAAGAGGAGGAGUCCAGUGAUAGCUCAGACCCUGAGACUGAGAAGAAGCCUAAGAAGAAGUUCAAGAAAAUCCCGAAGCAAAAAGUUUGGGUCAACAUGCUUCUGGGCCGCCGUAUGCGCAUGGAAUUUGCAGAGGAUGCGGGCACCCGCUACAAGAAACGCUUCGGCAAAGACAGCGAGAGCAGAAAGGACGAGGAUGGCUCAGAGGAGCGUCCCCGAGCCAGGAAGCCUAGGCAACCGGUUAUCGAUGAGUCACGGUAUUCUAAAGAAACCGUGCAUCGACUUAGCGGUGCAAUUGUUGAAGCAACUGGCAAAAAGACCACCUUUAACUAA